CUUUCAGCCAUUUUCCCCAUCCUUCUUUUUGCCCCAUACACAUCAGACCACAUGUACACCAUAUGGAGCAAUCCACAUGGCAGCUUGUAACAGCAGUUAGAGCUACAGGUUUCUUGUGUUCCAAAGCUGAGGAUAUCUUCAUCUCAUUGAUUCUGCCUCAUGGUACAAGUGUCACAUUUUUGAAUAAUGCUACAGAAUCACAUCUUGAGUUUCGCUUGAAUUCUGCCUUCCAUUAUUACCACUGCUAGUUUAUUAUCAAUCAUUCACCAGGUGUGAGUAAGCUGCUCUGCCAGAUGUGCAAAUCAAUUCCAAAUAAUUUGCCUCCCAUCUUUAAACAGGAAGCAAAAAAACAGCAAAACAAAAAGCCCAAAAAAUAUGCCCUUCCAUGUGGGACUAUUAGGUCACCGUAACCUUGUUCCAUGCUCCAGUGGCCAUAACAUCACAACACCUGCUUUAGACAGCUUCAAGCAGGAAGAGUUCUGUCCACAGGCUCCUAACAGACAUCUGAGUUAUUAAUGGGAUGCCAUCUCGUGGGAUGGUGCUUAAAUAGUACUCCACAACCAAAGAGACCCAUGGAGCAUGUCCUUGAAGGGCAAGUUUGGAAACGGGAUGCUUUGCAAUCAAAAUCAUCAGUGUAGUGGAUCCUGAUGGCAAAGUCAACGAUGUACAAAUUUAGUCUGACUGCCAGCCAGCAACUUUUUAUGGUCUCGGAGCCUCAAUGAUUUCAACAAAGUUAUUGUUACGAUCCAAGAUGUGUCCCCAACUUAUUUUCUUGCUCAUAAGGAUGGUAUCUCUUGUACACCUUUACAUUUAAACAGUAUAAAGGGGUUGGUAAAUAUUGUUAAAUCUUUGCCAAAUGCUUUCCGAAGCAUGAAACCUCGGGCUGGAGACUUUUCUUAUCUAAACUGUUCUAAUGAAGAUUUUUCUAAUGAAAGGCAUCUGUUUGGGGGUAAUCCUGAUAGAGAGAUACUCAGCUGGACACUUCUCUUAUAGGCUGAGGAGAGGUGUGGUGGCACAGGGAGCAUAAGAUCUCAACACAUCAGACAGAUAAAACUGUGGUCUAUUCACCACAUUUAAAAGAUGUUGCCAUGGCUAUAUGUAAAGACAUAGAGCUACAGCAAUUGUGUUCUCUGUAUUAAGUCAUAGGCUUUAAUAAGCUUGUGAUGCCUACAUUAGUUGAUACACGACUGCGGUGAGCUUGUAGUUAAAUUCAGGAUUCCUGCCCAAGGUAAUAUCAAUUUAUUCUGUGAAUCAGUCAACUGAUCUUAGAGCAUCCUGUAAAGUUGAACCUGGAGAAGACCUGAAACCUGGCUUCUUGCUGUGCCCAAAUUUAAUACAAAUUAUAUGCCAUUUGGAACCAAGGAUGACCAGGGAGAACUUGGCAAGUAAAUUCCAUAGAAAAUGGCUACAUGAGUCACUUAAUGGCUCUGUUAAAAGCCCCGUGAAGUAGCACAAACACCAGUUCGGAAAGACGCAGUGGCUAGUUAUUCAUGUCUCAGAGUAAGCUGUACCCACACCAGGUGGUAGCUGUUGUAUGGCAGGUGAAAUCUAGUUAGUGGAUGGAAACUAGGAGAAAUUUUCAGUACUGGUGCCAUGCUGAAAAUAAAAUUUGUUGCUAUUAAUAAAUAUGUUGAUUGAUUUUUGUCAAUUACAUAGACAGUUCCAGACUGAUCUGGAGAGACCUGCUGCAAAUGAAGUGCAACAACACUAAUAGACUAUGUUCACAAGGGACAUUACACAUCUGAAAUUAAAUGGCAGCUUAUUAUAAUGGCUUAUUAUAACAGUGAACAAUAACAUGGUUUAAAACGUUGUCCCUUAAGAAUACAGAUUUUGUUUAGCAUACAGUAGAAUGACUGCAGAAUUUUUACUGACGUUUAUGUAACAGAAUGUCCUCUUUGUUUGCUUUGUUUCCUGUUGGCUGUAAAACCAAUUAUUACCAAACUAUUCCUUAUUUGUAAAAGCCCUACUUAAAGCUGUAAUUAUCUCCAUGUUUCUGAAUUACACUGUUCGAAUUAAAUGUGCAGAUAUUUCUCUGUUUGCCAAGUGAAGAAUAAACACAUUAGCACAUUAUUAUAGAAUGACACUGGAUACACAUGCCUAAAUACAUGUGUUUAACUCAACCAGCAGAAAAUUCUAAUCAAACAACUAUUAUAUUAUUUUAAUAAGCUGUGGCGAAUCAGUUUGGGCUGUAAAUACUUAUUUGUAGAGUGUAAAAAGAAAGAUGUCUCAAUUUGCAUAUUGUCAUUAGAGUUACUGUAUAGUUAUAGAAAGCCAGUUCAUGUAAUACUUCUGCCUCUUUUUUCUGUUUUGACAUGCAAAACUCAAUUUUUAAAGAGCUCAAUCUAGAAGAAUAACAGCAAAGGUGAGAUGAUUUGCCAGAACCAUUUCGUAGUUUUCUGGGCCUGGCUCAAGGUCAUAUCCUUCGGUGGAGUUUUAACACAUAAUAGCAUGACAGAUUAUAACAUUUAAAGAAUACACUGUGAGUGGCAGUUAAAUUUGAUGUUCAACAUUAAACAGUGUUGUUUUGCUUUGAGUGUGAAAUUAGAAGCAGUCCUCAAAUGGUCAGCUUGCCAAAUUUGUCUGCCUGCAUCACUUUAUUCUGUGCCCAUUACUCUGUCCUGGUGACAGUAUAACAAUGGAGCAAAGCUUCAGGAUUAUUCACCAGCAGUCCAGGCCAGAGACACGUUGUGUAAAGGAAUUAUCUGGCAUGCACCAAUGGAGUAACAGUGUUGUAUCCUUUAUUUACCAUUCAGCUGGCUUGUUGCAUGGUAGACAAAAUAACCUCUCGGGCUGGGUGGCUUGUUUUUGUGGUUGUUGUGUUGCAGAAAUUGUCUCUCUCAUUUGUGCUUGCGAUGGACAGGGACCUGAAUCUCAACAGGGCGGAAACCUUUACAUACAUUAAUCCCUGGAUCGGUUAUUUCCUCUUGGUUUUUAGCUUCACUUUCUGGGUGUUUUCUUUAUGUAUUGUUGCUAUAGGAGUAUAUGCUAAAGUUCAGAAAGCAGCAGACCCAGGCCGAGACGCAUUCCGCAUCGAUCCAGCCUUCAUAUUAAUAGUGGUGGGUGUUGUCAUGUUUUUCAUCACCUACUGUGGAUGCAUCAGAACACUGCAAGAAAAGAGUCACCUCUUUAAAACAUUUUCUUUCAGCCUCACUCUGGUCUUCCUCGCCCAACUGAUAAUAGCAAUCCUGGGCUUUAUUUAUUCCUUUCAGAUACAGGAUGCUCUGGGCAAGCUUGUGAAGAAAACCAUUGUUCAUUACCAUGACGACCUGGACCUUCAAAAUCUCAUGGACUACAUUUAAUAAGAGUUCAUGUGCUGUGGCUGGAACAACUACACAGACUGGUCCUGGAACAUCUACUUUAACUGCAGUCAGAGAAACCCAAGCAAGGAGACAUGUGCAGUUCCUUUCUCCUGCUGCACCCCAAGAGAGGUCAAACAUGAUCAAAACCAUGUGUGUUUUUGGGUUCAAACUCAAAAGCACUUGGAGGAUGCGGCGUCCAUUUACACAGAGGGAUGUUCUGACAGUGCAGUGACGUGGACUGAAUCUCAUCUGCUGUUAGUCGGGACUCUGGCUUUGGGUCUCGCUCUACCACAGAUUGCAGGUAUUGUGCUCUCUCAGAUGCUCGUUUCUCAGAUCAACAGCGAGAUUAACUCACUGCUGUAGAGAUCACAGAAGAGAGAACUCUGGGUUAUUCCGAUUUAGAAAUAAGACUAUUAUUUGUUUAUGUACUUGCUGCAUGCAGUUUUAUAAAUAUA